AAAAGAACCCUGUGUUUCUGCUCUGUAAGAUCCUUUAUAUAAAUUCAGAAUACAAAAUAAAAUGUUCAAACAUGUGCUAGAAACAGCUCUUCAGUGAUGUAAUAAAGUGCCUCUAAGCACACUUUCUGGCUCUGAAAAACCAAACUGUUUUGGGGUUUUUACCAACAGGCGAACAAGUGACCGAUUACAGCGGGGUCAUUUGUGACUUUCUGCAGUCUUAGAUAUUAUAUAAUGGAGGUUUUGUUGGAAAACAUCAAUUGUACCAUAAAUGGGAGUGUGUUUUGUGGACAAAAUGAAUCACAUAAAACAAUAUAGUAAAGAGAAAGACUGUUUCAGGAAUGUAAGUGGUUCAACAGCUGUUUGUAAGUACAUGCUGUUGUACUAUUUGCCUCCACUCAUGAUUUUUCCUUUCCCAAGCCCUGAUACGGAAUUAUUAAUAGUUCCAAAGGGAGCCAGGCAGGAAAGUUCAACCAGAACUGACCCCUCAAGUGUUCAAUAGUCUUUCUUUGGGUGCUUGAAGUAAACAAUGUAGGUCGUCAUUUAUUUUAGCUGCAAAUUCUAAUGCUCGUUUGCAUAUGAUUGAUAGGUUUGAAAAAAGAAAAGUCUGGAUCUUAGAAGGAGUUUAAUCUUCUCUAAAGCAAACUUGUUUUCUUUCACAUACCUCACAUAUAGUAUUAUUGUGGUGGAUUACUCUGACCUUGUCUUUGAGCUAGGCACAUGACAGAGGGGUGGAGAAAGCUUUGUAAAGGGGCAUGACGCUAAGUUUCUCAUGGCCAAUAAGAACCACUGACCCCCUCAUUUAGCACUAUAAUGUCCAGAUCAACUCAGUGUUUGAUCUAGUCACUGACAGAAUUCAGUUUUUAACUUUUCAUUUCACUCACUAGAAGUAGAUAGAAGUUGACGGUGAGGUGCCUUUGGACAAUUUUUGGUCUGUCAUUGUAGAUACAGACCCACAGAUUCCUUCUGGCGAAUCUGUCAAACAUAUGUAGAGAAUCUUAAUUUUUCUUUUUUCCGUCCAUAUCGAAAUCUGAUCAGUCAUAUUCAGUUAUGUCUACUUUUUAAAGUGCCUUUAAGAGUUAUUCUGCAGAGAAUCUAUCCUUUUUCUACAGCUUCUGCCAAGGUUUCAAAGAAAGUAGACGGUGGAGAAUCCAGACCAUCUACAUCCUAUAUUCAUCAAAGUUUUCUGUAAUUAAGGAAAAAUGCCAGUUGCCAUCGGAGGGCCUCAGGGCUACACACCACCUGAGGGUGGCUGGGGUUGGAUGGUGGUGAUUGGGGCCUUUAUCUCUAUUGGCUUCUCCUAUGCAACUGCCAAGUCCAUCACUGUCUUCUUCAAGGAAAUCGAAGUGAUAUUCAAUGUGAGCAGCAGCCAGGUGUCUUGGAUCUCCUCCAUCAUGUUAGCGGUCACAUACGGUGGAGGCCCUAUCAGCAGCAUCCUGGUGAACAAAUAUGGGAGUCGUCCUGUCAUGAUGGUUGGAGGAUUCCUGUCUGGAACUGGAUUCGUUGCUGCUUCUUUCUGCAACUCCGUUGAGGCGCUAUAUUUUUGCGUGGGUGUAAUGGGAGGUUUGGGAUUGUCCUUUAACCUCAACCCAGCCCUCACUAUGAUUGGAAAAUACUUCUUCAAGAGACGGCCUGUAGCUAACGGGAUUGCCAUGGCUGGUAGCCCUGUCUUUCUCUCUACGCUGGCUCCUCUUAACACCUGGCUCUAUGAUCAGUUCGGUUGGAGAGGAAGUUUUCUAAUCCUGGGCGGCCUUCUUCUUAAUUGCUGUGUGGCUGGCUCCCUCAUGCGACCAAUAGGACAAAAACCCAAACUUGCAGAAAAGACCACUGAAAGGAAGAGUAUAUUGCAGACCAUUAACAGCUUCCUGGACCUCACUUUAUUUAAACACCGGGGAUUUUUACUCUACAUUAUGGGCAAUGUUGUCAUGUUGUUUGGUUUAUUUGCUCCACUGGUGUUUCUUUCCAAUUAUGCAAAGAGUAAAGAAAUCCCUAAAGAGAAGGCAGCAUUUCUUCUCUCCGUGUUGGCUUUUGUUGACAUGGUUGCACGGCCCUCAAUGGGCAUUAUAGCCAACACUAAGUGGAUUCGGCCCAGGAUACAGUACUUCUUUGCGAUUUCUGUCUUGUAUAAUGGCGUGUGUCAUGUUCUUGCUCCAUUAUCAGUAGACUACAAAGGCUUUGUAAUUUAUGCCAUCUUUUUUGGAUUUGCCUUCGGCUGGCUGAGCUCAGUGCUGUUUGAGACCUUGAUGGAUUUGGUUGGGGCCCAGCGCUUUUCAAGUGCUGUUGGGCUGGUCACUAUUAUGGAGUGUGCGCCGGUUUUGUUAGGGCCCCCGUUACUUGGAAAGUUCAAAGACGUCUACCAUGAUUACAAGUACACGUACCAAGGCUGUGGGAUUGUUCUCAUCAUCUCCAGUGUCUUCCUGUUUGUAGGCAUGGGAAUUAACUAUCGACUGCUGGACAAGGAGAAAAAAGAAGAGGAGAGAAAGACCAGGAUGGGAGUUAGACAACCAAAUGCCAGCAGGGAUAACUCUGCCAAAGAGGUUGGAGAGGUUAGGAGCAGUGAGGACACUGUUUAGUGCUCUAUUACUUGCCUGCUUGCAUUUUAUAACGCAAUCUAAUGUUGUUCGAAGUUAUUUUUCUGUGAAUAACUUCACAUCAACAUGCCUCUGUUUCAUUAUAUGCUGUUUUCGAACAUUGCCGGUGAUAUCACAGACCAUUUAUUAGAACCCUUUAAGCUGUAUUAAACUGUCAACAUAAAAUACCUCGUAUGCAUUAUUCACUGUUUGCUUGUCCUACAAGAUAUAUAAUAUGACAAUUAUGUUUAGUCAGGGGCUUUUAUUAAUGUUUUUCUCUUUGCAUAACUAUAUAUGCUUGUUGUAUUUUAAUAUGUACCAGGAUCACAGCAAAGCAUUAUAUUUUUAAAGAAGUGUUUUCUUCUUUUUUUUGGAGUGUACCACACAAUCUAUUUUUGUAGAUUAGCAAGUCAUUUCUCCACCCCUCAAACGUUGUUCAUUCCUAUAAGAUAUUCAUUCAGCAUUUGAUUUAUCUUGUAAAGAUGUUGUUUGUAAUAUAAUUGUUCAGUCAAUUAGGAUUUUUUGGAAGUUAAUACAAUCUUGAAGCACUGCUUUGUUUGCUAACAGAAUUGGAAUAUGUGGCACCAGCUGCAGUUUGUUGUAUUUUCUGUAUAUAUGGAAGUUACAUUAGAAACAAAUAAAAAGCAAUUUAUCAAAA